CUCCGUCGGAGCCCCGCGCGCAGGUAUUGAAGUUGGCUCGUGACAAUCCUCAGCGCACAAUCUGACGGAUCAUCGAUCACCAGAGCUCGCACUCGGAGCGAUCUGCAUCGGAGGAGCUGAUGCCUGCUUCAGAUGACACAGCUGACGGUGCACGAGCGUUGCUCUGACAAGGACGCGCGUGAGAUGAGAUCUGAGUUCAUUUGAACAUAACUCACGCGUCUGUUUGCAGCUAUUGGAAGUGUAUUGCAAGCCACGAAAUUGAAGGAACCAACGCAAACAUAUGAAGUUAUGGAUUUUAGAUGGACUUUAUAAAUAUUAUCUUUUUGACUUUUUUUAAACGUGGGUUCACCCCAGCAUCGGUUUCAGAGUGACAUACUUGUUGACUGUUUUUUUUAUUUAUUUUUUUAUUUAAUUGACUGAGUAAUUUUUAUAAGCCCUCACAAUGUUCCAGUACAAUAAGAAGUGCUUCACCAUUGAAUCUCUCGUUGGUAAAGACUCCAAUUCCUCAAGUGGCGCCGCGGAGGAGCCCAUCAGACCCACUGCUCUGAGGUUCACUGAAUCCAUCCAUCCUUCUCCCUUUGGUAGCUGCUUCCAGAACUCAGGCAGGACACUGUACAGCAGCAGCAGCCCGGAGAUGAUGUUCACAGACCCGGCCACUCACUCCAGCAGCUCCGGCCUGUCUCUGCGGCACCUCCAGAUCCCCACACAGCCCUUCUUCAGUCCCCAUCAGAGGGACACCUUGAACUUCUACCCGUGGGUGCUGAGGAACAGAUAUCUGGGACAUCGAUUCCAAGGUGACGACAGUAGCCCGGAAAACCUGCUGCUACACGGACCUUUCUCUCGCAAGCCCAAGCGCAUCCGCACGGCCUUCUCCCCCUCGCAGCUGCUCCGGCUGGAACGUGCCUUUGAGAAGAACCAUUACGUGGUGGGAGCUGAGCGGAAGCAGUUAGCCAAUGGGCUGUGCCUGACAGAGACACAGGUGAGCAGGCAGAGGCUGAAAGUCUGGUUCCAGAACAGAAGGACCAAACACAAGAGACAGAAGCUGGAGGAAGAGUCACCGGACUCGCAGCAGAAGAGGAAAGGUACUCAGCAUGUGAGCCGCUGGAGGGUGGCCACUCAGCAGGGCAGCCCCGAGGACAUUGACGUCAUUUCAGAAGACUGAUAUGCUAAUAAACAUCAGUCAUGCUGAUGGAUCCCUGCCACAGAAAAAAAAGCAAGACAUUCUUCAGACUUUGUCAUAAAUUGAACAGUCGGCUGAUCGUGUACAGCUGAACAAAGACUCGACUGGAAGACUUCUGUAUGCAAUACACAUGGACCUCUUGGUUUUGGAUGGCGUUCCAUCUCAGAGCAAUGAAGACUUUUUGUAUGCUUUCUUUUGUUACACUUCUCUCUUGCUCCUUUGUUAUCAGUCAGAACAUUUCCAUUAUAGAGUAGUAUAUCGGACGGGCAAAACCACCUUAAUGAAUAGAUUGAUAAAUGUUUGUAGUGUUAAAAUUGCUUUAGACAUUCAACGGCCACAUAGGUCGAUCCAGUGUGUGAAUCAAGUAUCACUCAUAGAUGUACUUCUGAAAAACUGGAUGUUUGUAUUUGACAAAAUGUCAUUAUUUUAUGAAUUGGGCAAAUUUAAAGUGGUGAAAUACGCUCAUGGUCUUUCUAGAAAAUCACUAGUGCAGUUUCACAUCUGAAAUGGUUCUAUUUAUUUGACUUUUCUAUGCAUUUGAGCUCCAAACCCAAAAUUUUAUUUUGCGUUUUACAUCCGGGUUAAAGCUUACAAAAGAUUUGACGUGUAUUGCGUGAGAAUGAUUUUUCUUUCCUUUUUUAAUGGCUCUUGAACUAGAGAAGCUUAGAAAAUGCUUGAAUUUCUUUCUUUGCUUAAUUAAAAUAGAACAAAUUAAAUAAAUCUCAGUCUAACCUCCAAGACCCAGAAUGGUUUGUAGCACUUCAUUGCAGAUUGUUUCUUUAUUGGGUUUCCUUUAAGGUGAAAAGCACUGUAAUCCCAUCUGUUUGUCU